AAACUUUUUGAGCAAUGUGCCAUGGACGCAUAAGGACAGAUCUAACGUUGUGCUGCUACCGUUCAGCCUGUUAUUGACAAGUGUUUAUAAUCUUAUUAUGAUGGAGCAGGGCCUGGAAAUGUCAGCCAUGAUUCCUGCUUUGCAGGAACUUGGAAGUGCCGGUUCUACGGAGUACAACAGCGUAGUGCAGAAACCACGACAAAUACUUUGUCAGUUCAUUGACAGGAUUCUGACAGAUGUUGACGUCGUCGCAUUGGAGUUGUCCAAGAAGAGCAGUUCGGCACCAGCCUGUGUGAUGUUGCUAGACUUUGUGCAGCAUAUCAUAAAGUCUUCAUCUCUGAUGUUUGUGGACCCAGCCUGCCAGCUUGAGCGCUUCAAGGAUGUGGAGCACAGUUGCACUGACUUCAGCAAGUGGAUGAUCACUCGGCUUCUCCGCAUUGCCGCUGUGCAGGAGUGCGAAAGCCUUCAUCAGAAGAUCGCCUCGGUCAUCUGCUCUUUGCUGCAUCUCUUCAGAGCCAAGAGCCCCGUCAUUUUCGGGGUGCUGUCCAGGGAACUGAUCGGACUCACGCAGGACUUGGUCAGCCUACGCGGUAGGCCCGCCUGGGGCGGUUCCCCGGUGUGGCCGGUGACUCUGGCGAGGUUCACCGUGACGCCUACGGGUGCUGCCGGAUACCUCACGCCCUCCACCCUGCAGGUGACCUCUGGGGUUGCCGUGGAAACGCUGAAAACCACGACGCUGGCGGUUCUCACCGACGUCCUGCGAGGGGUGUUCUUCCGCGGCGAGGCACGGACGGUGUGGGAGGUGGGGUGCGCCGACAUGGCCAGUGGGGGCCCCAGAGUGAAGAAGGUCGCCAUGGCACUGCUGGCCCACGUAGUGGAGCUCGGGGGGUUCCCUGAGAGACAGGCCCAAGCCUUCUUCUCCGCCUACCUGCGGGUCCUGGGGUCCCUGGGCUCCAUUAACCCAGCGGACUUAAACCUCUACGGGCCGGAGCUCCGGCAGUUAUCUGGACAAGUGUUCGUUCUCGAAGGCCACACGCACGCCAGGUUUGAGCGGGUCCACCUGAACGCGUUGAUGGAGACCCUCCACGGGCUCUUGGCGAAGGGGCUUCUGGCAGAUCUGGUAUCGGAGGACGUUAAAACAAUGCUGUGCCGAAACUUCCGCUUUCUUUUGGCCUCUGUCCCCCCUGUCUACGAAUCUGCUGUGCAAAUCAGGAGGGAGCGUGUCAACGACAUCUGCAAAGCUCUCGUCAAGACCAUCGGCUCCCAGCCGCACAUGGAGUAUCUGGAAGGGUAUCUGCAUGCUGCCCUGAUGUCCGAAGGGAUGGAACUCAUUCAGGAGCCUCAUCCUGGCUCCUCCACCUCUGAGGAAGCAGAUGGGAAUGAGAACGAGAUGCCCGCCAAGAGGCUGCGCUUGUCUCUCGCACCCUCGUCGGGAAAGCCACUUAAAAACUCAGUUCAGGUGGAGGUGACGCUGAGGAGCGAGGUGUGGGCCAUGGUGGAUGCCAGGCUGGAGGAGCUGGUAGCACAGCUGAAGGACCAGCCCAGCUCUCAGGCCGUCUGCACCCUGGAGGGGGUGGCCGUCAUCCUGCACCUGGCUGCACUGUGCUCUGCGCAUGGCCAAAGCAAGCCCGGGACCAGAGGCCCGGAGGUUAAAGAGCCUGGUGCCGAAACGCCUGCAGGCCCUGCCCCCCCGCCCCGGCCGGUCUGGGUGCAGCCCCGGACACUGGCCCAGGCGGUGGAGGGCUGCCGCACCGUGCUGGCUAACGCCGACGGUGAGGAUGAGCUGGAGCCCUGCCUGGACCGCACCAUCAGGAUCCUGGAUGCCAUUCUCUACAUGAGCUUCAGCAGCCAGAGUGACCUAGGCCUCCACAAGAGCCUGUGUGCCCUGAUGUCAGUGCCCUGGGUCUGUGAGCAGUCAUCUCACCCCUCCUACCAAUCUGCUGGCUUCUCCUCCAACCUGCUCAGCCUCAGCCACAAACUGGCCAGAUCCUUCUCGACCGGGGCUCGAGCGCACUGCGUGUACCUCCUGUCCCUGCUGUCGAAGAAGACAUGCCCGGACUGGAGGUCAGCGGUGUACCGGUGGGCCCUCCAGAGCCAGAGCGAGGAGGUUAGGGCCAGCGCUGUGAGGGGCUUCCCCAACCUGCUGCACCACCUGGGGGUGAAGUCCCACAGCCUGAUCCACGAGAUGCUGCUGAACAGGCUACAGGACGGCUCGGUCCAGGUGAAGACGGAGUUGGCGGGAAUCACGGGGCGGCUGGCCUGCUGCCUGGCGGGGAACUCUCACCUUGGCGUCCCGCAGACCGAGCCUGAACCCCCCGAGGGGUUCCUCUGUCCCUGGCUGGCUGUGUGCAGCGCCCACCAAGGCAAAGCCACCUCCAUCGGGGCCUCCAUCUUCACCCCCUUCCUGACACUCCUGAAGCCCGACACCGACAGCGCAGUGAAACUAGCUUUUAUAGAGAACAUCCCACACCUGUGCAAACACGUGGCGGUGGGCAGUGGAGACCCGGACACCAGGUCGCUGGUCACUGGGCUGGUGGGCCUCAUCGAGGACCCGGGGGAAGAGGUCCGCAUGUGCUUCAGCAGGAACAUCAAACAUCUGCUGGAGUGCUGGGAAUCGGACGGCUACCUGAAGGAGCUCCUAGUCUCUCGGCUGAAGGACGCAUACGCCAAUGCCAAAACCAGUCAAAACGACGACGUGAAGAACACGCUGAUCUUCACCACGGGAGAGAUUGGCAGAGCCGCCACGGGUAACCUGGUCUCCUUCGCCCUGCUGCGGCUCCUCCACUGCCUGCUCUCCAAGUCACCCCAGGUGUCUGUGGCGGCCUACAGUGAGAUACGGGCCCUGGCCUCCUCCAGAGACCUCAAGCUGCCGUCCUUCUUCAGCCAGUACAAGAACCCUGUCUGCCAGUUCCUGGUGGAGUCGCUGCACUCGCGUCACGUGACCGCCCUGUGCUGCUCGCCCGACCAGAGCAACGAAGCCCUGCAGGAGGAGGCUGCCCGCCAGCGGGAGCUGGCCCUCGACAUCCUGUGCCAGGUCGCACACGUCUUCGACUUCCCCGACCUCAACCGCUUCCUCACCCGCACCCUGCAGGUCCUCUUGCCCUACCUGGCCGCCAAGGCUAGUGCUACUGCCUCAGCGCUCAUUCGCACCAUCGCCAAGCAGCUGAACGUCAACCGCAGGGAGAUCGUCAUCAACAACUUCAAGUACAUCUUCUCCCACCUGGUGUGCUCCUGCACCAAGGACGAGCUUGAGAGGGCCUUCCACUAUCUCAAGAGCGAGACGGAGAUCGAGCUGGGGAGCUUGCUGCGCCAGGACUUCCAGGGCCUGCACAACGAGCUGCUCCUGCGUCUGGGGGAGCACUACCAGCAGGUCUUCAACGGCCUGGCCAUCCUGGCCUCCUUCGCCUCGGGAGACGACCCCUACCAGGGCCCGCGCGACAUCACCACGCCCCAGCGCAUGGCAGACUACCUGCAACCGAAGCUCCUGGGCAUCCUGGCCUUCUUCAACAUGCAGCUGCUCAGCUCCAGCGUCGUCGAGAAGGACAAGAAGAAGAUGGCGCUGGACAGCCUGGUGGCUCUGAUGAAGCUCAUGGGACCCAAGCACAUCAGCUCAGUGAGGGUGAAGAUGAUGACCACCCUGAGGACUGGCCUCAGAUACAAAGAUGACUUCCCAGAGCUCUGCUGCCAAACGUGGGACUGCUUUGUGCGCUGUGUGGACCCAGCCUAUCUGGGGCCUCUCCUCAGUCAUGUGAUGGUGGCUCUGUUGCCACUCAUCCCUGUCCAGCCCAAGGAGACGGCGGUCAUCAUGCACUACGUCAUCAUAGAGAACAGAAAUGAAGUGCAGGACUUCCUCCAUGAAAUCUACUUCCUGCCUGAUCACCCGGAGCUGAAGGAGAUCCACCAGGUCCUGCAGGAUUACAGGAAGCAAACGUCCAAGAGCACAGACCUGCAGGCUGCUCUACAGCUGUCCAUGAGGGCCAUUCAGCAUGAGAACGUGGACGUGCGCAUCCACGCUCUCACCAGCCUGAAGGACAUGAUGUACAAGUGCCAGGAGAAGCUGCUGCGGUACGUGAUGGACAGUGAGACGGUGGAGCCGGUGAUCUCCCAGCUGGUGACGGUGCUGCUGAAGGGCUGCCAGGACACGCACCCCGAGGCUCGGCUGCUCUGCGGGGAGUGCCUGGGGGAGCUGGGGGCCAUCGACCCGGGAAGACUCGACCUCUCCACUGCCGACACACAGGGGAAGGGCUCCACCUUCGUGAGCGGGGUGGACGACCCCAACUUUGCCUACGAGCUGCUGACCGAGCUGACCAGGACCUUCCUGGCCUACGCAGAUGACGUGCGAGCGCAGGACUCUGCAGCUUACGCCAUGCAGGAGCUCUUGUCGGUAUUCGAGUGCCGCGAGGGCCGGACCGACUCCCCCGGCCGGAGGCUGUGGAGACGUUUCCCGGAACAGGUGCAGGAGAUCCUGGAGCCCCACCUAAACAGCAGGUAUACGAGUUCUCAGAAGGUGGUGAACUGGUCCAAACUGAAGAAGCCAAUCUACCGUAGCAGCCGUGGGAGUAAGUUUGCUGACUGGUCAGCCACAUGGGCGGGCUAUCUGAUAAGCAAGGUCAGGCAUGGGCUUGCCAGCAAGGUAUUCAACUGCUGCAGCUUCAUCAUAAAGCACGACUACAAAGUGACCAUCUACCUACUACCUCACAUCCUGGUGUACGUGCUCCUGGGCUGCUCAAAGGAAGACCAGGAUGAGGUGAAUAAGGAGAUCAUGGCCGUGCUGAAGGAGGACGACGCGCGCAUGGUCCGGCCUCAGGAGAGCGAGUCUGGGCUUAGCCAGCUCAGCACCCAGACGGUCUUCUCCUUGCUAGACCACCUGACCCAGUGGGCCCGCCACAAGCUACAGGCCCUGAACACGGUGCGGACAGGCGGACGGUCCUCCCGCGAUCAGGCCCCUCAGAGCGACUCGGGGCUGGAGGACGGAGAGUACCAGAGCGUGGUGUCCUUUCUCCACUGCAUCCCUCAGGAUGUGCUGGCCAAGGCCUCCUUCCGCUCCAGGGCCUACACGCGCGCCGUAAUGCACUUUGAGUCCUUCAUCAUCGAGAAGAAGCAGAAUAUCCAGGACCACCUCACCUUCCUGCAGGCCCUGUACGCAGCCAUGCACGAGCCGGACGGGGUGCGCGGGGUUAACGCUCUGCGGAAGGAGGAGCCCUCGCUGCGGGAGCAGAUCCUGGAGCACGAGAGCAUCGGCCUGCUCCGCGACGCCACCGCCUGCUACGACCGCGCCAUCCAGCUGGAGUCUGACCAGAUUGCACAUUAUCACGGGGUGAUGAAGUCCAUGUUGGGACUUGGACAGCUCUCGACAGUCAUUACUCAAGUCAGCGGCGUGCUUGCUAACAGGCCGCAGUGGAAAUCCGAACUGAACACAUACAGGGUAGAGGCUGCCUGGAAGCUCACCCAGUGGGACCUUCUGGAGGACUACUUGGCUUCAGAUCGAAAGUCCAACACGUGGAGCCUGAGGCAGGGCCAGAUGCUGCUGGCUGCCAAGAAGAGGGACUCUGAAGCUUUUUACGAGAAGCUGAAAAUCAUCCGGAAGGAGCAGGUGGUGCCUCUGUCGGCCGCAAGCUUCGAGUGCGGGACGUAUCAGCGGGGAUACGAGUACAUCAUAAGGCUGCACAUGCUGAGUGAAUUGGAGCACGCCUUCACAGACCUGGAGAAGCAGUGGCAGAAAGGGCCAGGGCCGGGGCCACGGGAUAGGGAGCAGACACUCAACUGGCAGGCCAGGCUGGAGAUGACCCAGAACUCCUUCAGGGCCAAGGAGCCCAUCCUCGCCCUCCGCAGGGCCAUGCUCAGCUUGAGGGAGGGGGAGGCGUACGGGGACGUAGUGGCUGAGUGCUGGCUCCAGAGUGCCCGUGUGUCCAGGAGGGCCGGCCACCACCAGACGGCCUUCAACGCUCUGCUCAACGCAGAGAACUCCCGUCUGUCCGAGCUGUUCGUGGAGAAGGCCAAGUGGCUGUGGUUCAAGGGGGACGUGCACAAGGCGCUGAUCGUCCUUCAGAAGGGGGUGCAGCAGUGUUUCCCUGAUGACCAGCCGCUCACAGACCCCAAGAGCAUCCAGAUCAAGGGCCGGGCCAUGCUGCUGGUUGGCCGUCUGAUGGAGGAAACCGCCAACUUUGAGAGCAACGCCAUCAUGAAAGCCUAUAGGGAUGUGACCACCCUGCUGCCAGAAUGGGAGGAUGGAAACUUCUAUCUGGCCAAGUACUACGACAAACUGAUGCCCAUGGUCACCGACAACAAGCUGGAGAAACAGGGCAAUCUGAUUCGCUACAUCGUCACCUUUUUUGGAAAGGCGCUACAGUUUGGGAAUCAGUACAUAUACCAGGCAAUGCCCCGAAUGCUCUCUCUGUGGCUGGACUUCGGUGCAAAAGUUUAUGAAUGGGAAAAAGCUGGGCGCUCCGACCGCCUCCAGAUGCGGCAAGACCUGACCAAGAUAAACGCAGCCGUCAUUGAGCACACCGCCAACCUGUCGCCCUACCAGUUCCUGACCGCCUUCUCUCAGCUCAUCUCCCGCAUCUGCCACUCCAACGACGAGGUCUUCUCCGUGCUGCUGGAGAUCGUGGCCAAGGUCUUCCUCGCCUACCCACAGCAGGCCAUGUGGAUGAUGACCGCUGUGUCCAAGUCCUCAUAUCCGACCCGUAUGAACCGAUGUAAAGAGAUCCUGAUGAAGGCGACCAGCCUGAAAGAGUCUCUGGGGAAGUUCAUCGGUGAUGCUGCCCGGCUGACCGACAAACUGCUGGAGCUCUGCAACAAACCUGUGGAUGGGAACAGCAGCACGCUCAGCAUGAGUGUCCAUUUUAAGAUGCUGAAGCGGCUGGUGGAGGAGCCCACCUUCAGCCAGAUCCUCAUCCCCCUGCAGUCCGUGCUCAUCCCCACACUGCCCUCUACUGGCGGGGCCAACCCUGGCCAUGACGCCUUCCCCGGCCACUGGGUCUACCUGGCAGGUUUCGAUGACAGCGUGGAGAUCCUGCCCUCUCUCCAGAAGCCCAAGAAGAUCGCUCUGAAAGGCUCGGACGGGAAGUCCUACACCAUGAUGUGCAAACCCAAGGAUGACCUGAGGAAGGACUGCAGACUGAUGGAGUUCAACUGCCUAAUCAACAAGUGUCUGAGGAAGGAUGCAGAGUCCAGGAGGAGGGAGCUCCACAUUCGGACGUAUGCGGUCAUCCCACUCAACGAAGAGUGCGGCAUCAUCGAGUGGGUCAACAACACUGCCGGCCUGCGCCACAUCCUCACCAAACUCUACAAGGAGAAGGGCAUCUAUCUGUCUGGGAAGGAGUUACGCAAAUACAUUCUCCCCAAAUCAGCCUCAAACAAGGAGAGGCUGAAGCUGCACAAGGAGGUCCUCCUUGCCCGUCAUCCUCCAGUCUUUCAUGAGUGGUUCCUCAGGACUUUCCCGGACCCCACUUCAUGGUACAGCAGCAGAUCUGCUUACUGCCGCUCUACUGCUGUGAUGUCUAUGGUGGGGUAUAUCCUGGGACUGGGAGACCGUCACGGAGAGAACAUCCUGUUCGACUCCCUCACUGGAGAAUCCGUGCACGUCGACUUCAACUGCCUUUUCAACAAGGGGGAGACGUUUGAUGUGCCUGAGGUGGUCCCCUUCCGCCUCACCCAGAACAUGGUUCAUGCCAUGGGCCCCAUGGGCACAGAGGGGCUCUUCAGACAGGCCUGUGAAGUCACCAUCCGACUGAUGAGGGAUCAGAGGGAGCCGCUCAUGAGCGUCUUAAAGACAUUUCUUCAUGACCCCCUGGUGGAGUGGAGCAAGCCUGUUAAAGGAACAUCCAAAACGCAAGCCAACGAGUCCGGGGAGAUCCUGAACGAGAAGGCCAAAACCCACGUCCUGGACAUCGAACAGCGCCUCCAGGGAGUGAUAAAGAGCAGGAACAAGGUGUUGGGUCUUCCCCUGUCCAUCGAGGGCCAUGUCCAUUACCUCAUACAGGAAGCCACGGAUGACAAGAAUCUGUGUCAGAUGUACCUGGGCUGGGGGCCCUAUCUGUGACCAGCGGUACUGCACCACUUUACAGCAGACCCACGGAAUGUGCAAUGUAUGCUGAUGCUGAAAUUCUCACUGUGGAGUCUUGUCUCAUUGUACUGUACCUUUUUAUACAAAAUAUCUAUUACAUCUGUUUCGGUUGCUUAAACAUUUGUGGGAUGGGAAAUAUGCCUUGGGGGAAAUAUGUGAGUAUUAGCUGCAUUGAAUGUAGUAUUGUCUAUAAACAUAACAGAAUAUAAUGUUGGGGGUGCUGUGAGUCCCAGGCUGCAAAGCUAACACUGACUGAAUUUGGCCUAUGCCUGUUGUCUUGUUCUGACUUCUAAGGUCAGCAUGUUUGUUACACGUCAUAAGAGCAUUAACACUUUGUUGCCUUGGAUAGCAGCGCUGAGAAGGCUGUUCCAAGCAGGUUUUGCUUAUUAGAGCCCCCUCACAUGUCUUAAUUUUCCUGUGAAAUAUUGUUAUUAUAAAAGGAAACAAUAAAUGGAGCGGCAAUAGCAACGGUGAUGUAUAUAGGUUAUGUAUAUUUUUUGUGUUGCACUGAAAAUUAAAAUAUUUCUUCACUUUUGUGAAUUUUA